AUGUCACAGGACAACAACAGAACAUUAAUGCUGCCGCCGCAGUCGCAGGUGGCGGCACAUAACAGCCUGCCGCUCCGCUUCAGCGACGGGCCGAGGCAGGACGUGCCGUUCCCGACCGUCACGGCCGCCAUCUUCCACCAGGCCAGGACGCAGCCGUCCCGGCCCGCGGCGCGCGACCUCACGUCAAAGACCAACGGGCCGCGCGAGGUGACGUACGCAACCCUAGCCCGCCGCGCAAGAGUCCUGGCCGCAAAGCUCCGGCGGCUGGGCGUGCAGCCCGGAGACAGGGUGCCGCUGGUGGUGAAGCGCGGCAUCGAGAUGCUGGUCGGCAUCGUGGCGGUCCUCUCCUGCGGCGCCCAGUACGUCCCGCUCGACGGCGGCGUCGUCCCGGACUCGACCCUCAAGGUCGUCCUGCGCCAAGCCGGAGAGAGAUUGGCCCUCGUCAUGCCUUCGACCGAGUACCGCGUCCGCGCCGUCAGCGUCGACUGCGUCACCGUCGUCAUCCCCGUCGUCGAGGGUGACGAGGCGGAGGAGGCCGAGCAGGAGCGACUCGGAGAGUACGAGAAGGCGGCAGCCGAGGAGGGGUUUGUCGACCUCGCCAGGCCGGAGCUUGGGUGUUAUGUUAUUUACACUUCUGGCACUACAGGUGAGCCAAAGGGUGUCGAUGUGAUGCACAGCAAUGUCACCAACCUCCUCUGUCUUGGCCCUGGAAACCUUGGUAUCCAGCCAGGGAUGAGCGUUGGACAGGUCCUGAAUAUCUCAUUCGAUAUGGCCGCAUGGGAGAUUCUUGGAUGCUUGUGUAAUGGAGGCACUCUUGUUCUCCGAGGAUCUGAUUGGUUGCCGACUAUUAAGGAGAUUGAUGUUCUCAUUUGCACUCCUAGCAUCCUCGCAAAGUAUAACCCUGUAGAAUUCCCAAGGAUCAAGACGGUGGCUACUGCCGGAGAGCCCAGCAACCAAAGGCUGGCUGAUCUCUGGGCAACGCAUGGCACCUAUUACAACUGCUGCGGGCCCACAGAAACAACAAUCGUCAACACCAUGUCCAAGCAUGUCCCCGGCGCUCCCCUUUCCAUCGGAGUACCAACCCCAAACAACUCGGUUUACAUCCUGGAUGAGCACCUCAACCCCGUUCCUUUUGGAGAGCCUGGAGUGAUGUGGGCUGGAGGUGCUGGUGUCUCGCGGGGUUACAUUGGUCUGCCUGAAAAGACGCAAGAGAAGUACCUGCCGGAUCCGUUUGCCAACAAUGGAACUCAAAUGUACAACACGGGUGAUUUGGGCAGGUGGAACCAAGAUGGAAGCAUUGACAUUCUGGGACGAGUGGAUGAUCAGAUCAAGAUCAAGGGAUUCCGCGUUGAGCUUGACGGUGUCUCGGCCUCGCUCUGCUCUGGCCCCGGCAUCACGGGUGCUGUUGCUCUCUUCAUCAACCAGGAAAUCCAUGGUUUUAUAUCCCCGCGAGUCUGUGAUCUGGAUGCCCUGAAGGAGCACCUGUCAAAAAGUCAGCCCUAUUAUGCUGUACCCACAAAGUUUCAUUGCAUGGAUGAUCUGCCGCAUACAGCCAACGGCAAGCUGGACAAGAGGGCACUCCGCGAGUAUGCGGCAGCCAAGCAGAGCCUCGCUUCGGCCUCGGACAGCAACCUCUCCGAGACCAGCAGCAGCAACCUCUCAGACGCAACCACUGCAACCUCCAUCGACGAGAAGAAGGAGAUGCAACAGCAGAUCGAUCUCAGCGCCGAGGUACCAGAAAAGACGUGGAAGAAGCCGAUUCGCAACCUUGUCUACCGCGUCUUCAUCGUCUACCGGUUUCUGUUCUCGGUCGUUGGAAUUGCCAACCUCACCGCUCUGGUCUGCAUUCUCGCAACCGGUAUCCCGCGAGUGUGGCUCACCAACAUGACUGCCAUAAACCUCGUUUUGGCUGUUCUCAUUCGCCAGGACCACGUCAUCAAUGCCCUCUACACCAUAUGUUGCUCGAUACCUACAUCCUGGCCACUCGCUAUUCGUGCCCGCGCCGCAAAGAUCUACCACCUCGGUGGCCUUCACUCUUCUGCCGCCUUCUGCGCAGGUGUAUGGCUGCUGGCUUCGACAAUCAACGGCGCCGUCUGCUCCCUCACCGACUGCGGCCCUGCCUCUGGUCCUCAGCAGUCGGUCGCGUCGGCCGUUAUCUCGUGGCUCCUUAUCAUUCUUUUUGGUGUCAUGUUCGGCUUCGCGUACCCUCCCAUCCGCAAAAAGUAUCACAACAGGUUCGAGCUCGUGCACCGCUUUGUGGGCUGGUCGAUGUUGGGCGUCUUCUGGAUCGAGACCUUCAUCAGCGCCAGCGACGUGUCCCGUGCCACCGGCAUCGAACUCCACGUCGCCAUCGCUCAGUCUGCAUCCAUCUGGCUGCUCACCGUCGCCACCUUCAGCAUCGCCCUGUCUUGGAUGUAUCUCAAGAAGGUGCCCGUCGACGCCGAGGUUCUCUCUGACCACGCCGUGCGCCUCCACUUUGACUACACCGUUCCCGUGAACGGCAGCUUCACGCGCAUCUCGAACCGCCCGCUGUUCGAGUGGCACUCGUUCGCCACUGUGCCUGCCCCGCAGCCCGCCAACGGCCGCCCCGCGGGCUACUCGCUCGUCGUGUCCAACGCGGGCGACUGGACCAAGGCAAUGAUCCAGAACCCGCCAAGCCACCUGUGGGUGCGCAGCGCGCCGACGUGCGGCGUCAUGCGCGUCGCCACCCUCUUCAACCGCGUCGUCGUCAUGGCCACCGGGUCAGGCAUUGGUCCGCUCAUGGGACACAUCCAGAGGCCUUCCUGCGCAACCCAGCUCAUCUGGAGCACGCCCAACCCGGAGAAGACGUUUGGAAAGGGUAUCAUUGACACCAUCCACGCCACCAUCCCCGACGCGAUCAUUCACGACACGCGCGUGUUGGGCCGUCCGGAUCUGGUAAAGAUGGGCUACAACUUGGCAAAGAGCUUUGGUGCCGAGGCGGUCAUUAUUAUUGCUAAUGAGAAGAUCACUAAGAAGGUGGUCUAUGGGUUGGAGACGAGGGGAGUUCCUGCCUAUGGCGCCAUUUGGGAUAGUUGA